ACCCGCAAAAUCCCAAUUUUCUCCUCACACGAGCGCUCCCUUCCCUCCCCAAAUACUAGCUCCUUGGCCACCAUCCCCCACCUUGCUCAGCUCCGCAGAUGUCGUCCACGCCGCCGCCGCCGGUGUUCGGCAAGCCGGGCAACCUCACGGUCUCCGUCACCCUGUCGCCAGACACGCCGAGCUCGCCUGAGCCGGAGAGCCCGGGGUCCGAGUUCUCCACACCCCCUACGAGUCCCCGCUCUGAGGACUCGCCUGAAUCGCCGCCGUCCACCCCGUCGGCGCUGGCACAGAGAGCGCCUCCACCCCCGCUUGAUGGUUCGGUCCCCACGCGGCCGCAGGUCAGGACGGUCUCUCCGCUAUUUCCCACCCCUACGAGUCCCCGGGCCGAGUACUCUCAUGAAUCGCCGCCGUCCAGCCCGCCGGCGCCGGCGCAGAGGACCCAUCCGCCCCCACUGGAUGAUUCGGUCCCCACACCGCCGCUGGUCGGGACGGUUUCUCCGCUGCUUCUCGCCCCAACGAGUCCCCGCGCCGGUUACAUGCAUGAAUCGCCGCCGUCCACCCCACCGGCGCCGGCGCAGAGAGCCUCUCCACCUUCACCUGUAGAUUCCAUCCCCACGCCACUCGUCAGGACGGUCUCUCCACUGCUUCAUGCGGAGGAGCUCUCCCAGACCCCGCCGGUCGAGGUGCUGCCGCAGUGCCGC